AUGGCAGGAAACCCCAAGGACUCCAUGAAGUCCACCUGGCGCAAAGCCCCCCGAGAUCAAUGGAACAUCAACCACUGGCUAAUCGAGAUCACAAACGUCCACCCCUUCGAACUCGACCAAGAAAUCCCAGUUCAUUCCAAAGAUGAAAAAGUCCCCUACAUGUCCCAAUGGUCCCUCAACUUCUGGGUUCUCUUCUACGCUGCCAUCCCCCUUCUCAUCCACGAAGCCUACAGCACCUACACAGGAAACACCAUGUCCCGCUGGACCGCCAUAGGCUUCUACUCAACCUUCUUCAACGCCGCCGUCAUCUACCUCAUGCACAUCAUCCGCCGCCUAGGCCACACCUACGGCUUUCUAGAUGGCGACAAGCCCCGUGACGGCAUCCCAGACGUAGGCGUGGCCAAGGUCGUCUCCUCCCUGUACAAAACCACCAUCUCGCGCAUCAUCAUGGCCGCCUACUUCUCCUACAACGCGCACCAGCUCCCCUCCCAGCUUGACUGGAAAUGGCUCCCACUCGAAAUCGGCGUCUACGGCGUCGUCCUCGACUUCUGGUUCUACUGGUAUCACCGCCUCAUGCACGACUUCAACCCGCUCUGGAAGUUCCACCGCACGCACCACCUCACCAAGCACCCCAACCCAACCCUCUCCGCCUACGCAGACCACGAGCAGGAAUUCUUCGACAUGGUCGGCGUCCCCAUGAUGACCUACUUCACGCUGCACUACGCCUUCGGCCUGCCCAUGAGCUUUUACGAAUGGUGGAUCUGCCACCAGUACGUUGCCUUUGCGGAGGUCUGGGGCCAUAGUGGAAUUAGAUUGCAUUUGACCGUGCCGACGCCGUUUAGCUGGGUGUUGCAGAUGCUGGACUGUGAGAUUGUGAUUGAGGAUCAUGAUUUGCAUCAUAGGAAGGGGUGGAGGAAGAGUUAUAAUUAUGGGAAGCAGAGUCGGGUUUGGGAUCGGAUUUUUGGGACUACUUGUCCGCGGAUUGAGAGUGUGGAGGAUAACGUGGAUUAUAUGAAUACGGUGAGUAUGCCGUUGUUUUAG